AUGAAAACGGUCAAACCUAUUGCUAAUUCUAGUCGUAAUACUAUUCUAGUAAACUAUCGUGAGAAACUAGUUCCUAAUACAGAGAAAACCCCUCGUAAACUUCUCAAAAUGUUAAAAUCCCAUUCCGGACGUAACAAUCAAGGAAGAAUUACUAUGCGGCACCAAGGAGGAGGCCACAAGCGAAUUUAUAGAGUAAUUGACUUUAAACGCUACGAUAAGGAUGGUGUUGAAGGGUUAGUGAAAACUAUUGAGUAUGAUCCUAACCGCAAUUGUUUCAUUUCAUUGAUAAGUCACCGCGAUGGUAGUUUUGUUUUUAUAAUUACUCCAGAAGGACUAAAAGUAAAUGAUAAGAUAAUAAGUGGAGAGAGCGAAAAUAUUCCUUUAAAAGUGGGUAAUAACCUUCCUUUGAGUUAUAUUCCGGUUAAUACUUCCAUUCACAAUUUAGAAUUGAAACCAAAAAAAGGCGGUCAAUUACUUCGUAGUGCUGGUACUUAUGGAGAAAUAAUUGGUAAAGAACCAGGCAGCAAGUACGUUUUAGUUAAAUUAAUGUCCAAGGAAGUUCGUAAAGUUCUAGCUAGUUGUCGAGCUACAAUUGGAAAAGUAAGUAAUGGUGAAGCUAACUUAGUAAAAUUAGGAAUUCGUCCAACGGUGCGAGGAUCAGCGAUGAAUCCGGUUGAUCAUCCUCAUGGAGGAGGAGAAGGAAAAGCGGGGAUUGGUCGUCCUUCACCACUUACUCCUUGGGGGAAAAAGACUUUGGAAAAAGAUCAAGCUAGACUUGACAAAAUGGUUGAUUUACACUUACAAGUUGAUUGUAAGCCACACAAAACUUGUCAGAGUUGUAGUAAAAAAAUUGAAGCGGGAGAAAGCUAUGUAACUAUAAUGAGAGCUGGUGGUGAAGGUAUUGCUGGUUAUCGUUGUAAUGCUUGUUCUUGUUCUUCCUGCCAUGGAGAAAAAGGAAAUAGAGAAGAUGGUUUAUGCUUCUCCUGUUUUAUUGGGAAAAGAAAUUUUGAAAAUGCUAGGGAUGAUAUGAAUAGAAUAUUAAAAAUACAAAAUGAAGCCCAUGAGAUUAGGCAAGAGACUGACAAUUUAAAUACUGAAACAAAUGAUUGUCAACAAGAAUUUAAUCGAUUAAACACUGAAACGCAAUCCCAGCCUAUCCAACAAACGAUUAAUAACUUUAAUCAGUUAAUAACUAGGCUUCAACAAUUAGUCCAACAGGCUGGGAAUACUAGACAAAGAAUCAAUAACCUUUCAGAAUUAUCUCCGUUAUUAUUUAAUUGUCAAGAAAAACAAAACGAGUUAAACUCUUUACUUAAUAAACAAGGAGGGAACAAAUUUACUGAUUACCUUCCUUACAUUUUAGGAGGAGUUGGAAUAAUAUUGGUGAUAGGAUUAAUCGGUCCUAAUUCCAAAGUUUACAAGUGUAAGAAAAAUAGAUACAAGUGUAAGGAUACUAGUAAGUAUUUCAAUGUCAAAACUAAAACUAUCUUUGAAAAUACCAAAUUACCAUUACAAAUUUGGUUUAAAGCCUUUUAUCUUUUUGGUCGUAAAAAAGGAAACUCUUCUCUCGGACUUGCUAGAGAACUUGUUAUGCUAGAUGGAUUUGUGGAAAUAGAUGAAACUUAUGUAGGUGGCAAGCAGAAAAACAAACACAAAGAUAAAAAAGUUCCUAAUUCGCAAGGUAGGAGUCAAAAAGAUAAAGUAUCUAUGUUAGUAAUGGCAGGAAGAAAUGGUAACGUAAUUGUUCAAGUAGUUCCUAAUGUUCAAAGAAAAACUUUAGAACCGAUAAUUGAGAAAUACGUUAAAAAAGGAGCUAAUUUAUUCAUCGAAUUAAGCAGUUUGCCAGUGGUUGAGCUUCGACUAACUUGGCUGAAAACUUUAACUCUCAUCUUAAAAGAGAGAUAUGCUGAUGAGUUUGCCUUUCGUUAUAAUACUCGAAAAUAUAGCGAACAAGAAAAACUUGAUUUAAUGCUUCUGUCAAGUGCAAAUGGUAAAAACUAUUGCAGUACUUGCAAGAUAAAAGAACACUUGGCACAGCAUGAGAAAGAAAACUUAUCAAAGGAAUCAGAAUUUGAUAAAAUAAUCAAAGUUGCUUUAAAUACUCCACCUUUAAAAUUAAAAGACCUUAAAGAGAAACUUAAAAAAGAACGAGAAGAAAAACGAAAUUCUGAAAACAAGAAAAACUCCAAAUAA